AAUAGCAGACGAUUCUCAAAACUACCAGUUACUAGUCCAUUUAUUACAGCAGCAUUUUGGCAAAAUAGCGGUUUUACCAUGUCCUUCUUACAAGGAUUACGACGAAUUCAUUUUAUAAAUCAUUGCAAAUACACCUUUUUAUCAGAAAGGUCUUUCAAGAGUAAAUUCUUUAAAUCAGUAUCGUCGAUCGGACUGUACAAGCAUUUAAUGAAAUCUAAAGGUGACGUGCCGAAAGGCUUUGAAAAAUACUUCCCUGAAACGCAGAAAAACCCUCUAAAAAAGUCUUCUAAUAAGAAAAAAGAUGGUAAAAAAUCAACCUCAUUUGGUCAGGAUAAUAAUCCAUUUUCAUUCAAGUUCGGUGAGAAAGGGAGCUCAGGUGGUGGAGAUCCCAAUACAAAUCUAUACUUUUAUCUCUUCGCCUCCGGAGUUGCCAUUUUAGGUUUUGUUGGACUUCAUCAAGGUCAAUAUAAAGAAAUAACUUGGAGAGAAUUCAUAAAUAAUUAUUUGAAUAGAGGAAGCGUGGAAAAACUUGAGGUUAUCAACAAACGAUGGGUUAGAGUAAAGUUUCAACCUGGUUACCAAACAGAUGGCAAUCAUACAGUAUGGUUUAAUAUUGGAAGUGUUGAAUCUUUUGAGAGAAAUUUGGAAAAUGCACAAUUAGAUAUGAAUAUCGAACCCUCUAGUUUUGUUAACGUUGUCUAUAAAAGUGAAACUGAAUUGGCAUCUCUCCUCACGUCGUCUUUGAAUAUAAUACUUCCAUUAGCUUUCAUUUUUUGGCUUAUAAAAAGGUCAUCCAAUAUGCUGGGGGGAGGGAAACCAGGAUCAUCUGGUAGAGGAGCUGGGGGACUUUUUGGAUUUGGUCAAAGUACCGCUAAAGUCCUCCAGGAGGAUGUAGGGGUUCGAUUUGCUGAUGUAGCUGGAUGCGAAGAAGCAAAAUUGGAAAUAAUGGAAUUUGUUAAUUUUUUAAAACGACCUCAACAAUAUACUGAUUUAGGAGCAAAAAUUCCCAAAGGAGCCCUCUUAACUGGUCCACCGGGUACGGGGAAAACUCUUCUGGCAAAAGCAACAGCUGGAGAAGCAAAUGUUCCAUUUAUAACAGUUUCAGGAUCGGAAUUCCUUGAAAUGUUUGUCGGAGUUGGUCCUUCUCGAGUUCGUGAUAUGUUCACUACAGCAAGAAAGAAUGCUCCUUGUAUAUUGUUUAUUGAUGAAAUUGAUGCAGUUGGUCGAAAGAGAGGAGGUAAAGGCUUUGGUGGUCAUUCAGAGCAAGAGAAUACUCUUAACCAACUAUUAGUUGAAAUGGAUGGUUUCACGCCACAAACUAACGUAGUUGUGUUGGCUGCCACCAACCGAAUUGAUAUAUUAGAUCCAGCUCUUUUGAGACCUGGACGGUUUGAUCGACAAAUCUAUGUCGCCUCGCCUGAUAUAAAAGGUCGAGCUUCAAUAUUUAAAGUUCAUCUUAAAGCACUGAAAACUGAUGUAGACAAAAAUGAUCUUUCUCGGAAAAUGGCUGCUUUAACACCCGGUUUUAGCGGAGCUGAUAUUGCAAACGUCUGUAAUGAAGCCGCCUUGAUUGCUGCACGUGACUCGAAUGAGUCAAUAUUGAUGAAACACUUUGAGCAAGCAAUAGAACGCGUUAUAGCUGGACUGGAGAAAAAAACCCAAGUUCUUCAACCAGAGGAGAAGCAAACUGUUGCUUAUCACGAAGCAGGACACGCAGUGGCUGGAUGGUAUUUACAAUAUGCUGAUCCCCUCCUGAAAGUCUCUAUUAUACCCAGAGGAAAAGGUCUUGGCUAUGCGCAAUAUCUCCCAAAGGAACAAUAUCUUUACACUAAAGAGCAGCUUUUUCAUCAAAUGUGCAUGACUUUAGGAGGGAGGGUAGCGGAGGAGAUAUUUUUCAAACGUAUUACAUCAGGAGCACAAGAUGAUUUAAGAAAAGUUACUAAGAAUGCCUAUACUCAAAUUGCUCAACUGGGUAUGAAUGAUAGAGUUGGGCAAGUAUCUUUUGAUUUACCUACUCCAGGAGAUAUGACUUUAGACAAGCCUUAUUCGGAAGAAACUGCACGAAUUAUAGACGAAGAAGUUAGGAAGUUAAUUCAAAAUGCACAUAAGCAAACUACUGAAUUAUUAACAAAGUAUAAAGAUGAUGUUGAGAAGGUAGCCGUAAAGUUGUUAGAGCAAGAAAAAUUAGAUAAAGAAGAUCUUGUUAAGUUAUUGGGUGAUAGACCUUUUGCUGAAAAAACUACUUAUGAAGAAUUUGUUUCCGGUACUGGAUCUUUUGAGGAGGAUACAACGCUGCCAGAGGGUCUGAAGAAUUGGAAUAAAGAAGAGGGUGAACAAGAUGAAAAAGAAGAACAAGAACAAGAUUCAAAGUCUUGA